ACUUUCUAGGUCACCUAUUUUUUAAAAGCUUAAGCGUGAUGGGGGGAACAAUGAAGAAAAAGCACACGAAAGGUCAGGUCGUCGCGUUUCUCAGUCAAAAGCAGGCAAUGAGACGCUUGCAGCUAAACCUUCCUAAUUUUAGACGGCUAUGUAUAUUGAAAGGGAUAUAUCCAGUAGAACCCAGAAGCAGAAAAAAGGUUGGAAAGGGAAACAGUCAACCUAGGGUUUAUUACAAUGCAAAAGAUAUAGCGUUUCUGUCACAUGAACCUUUGAUAGAAACGUUUAGAAAACUUCGGAUAUUCCAUGUAAAGCUCAAGAAAGCACGAGAAAAGAAAGAUAAAGAGAAGGAGUUUCGAGUAAGAAUAAAUAAGCCAAGAUACACGCUCCAUCAAAUCGUAAAAGAAAGAUACCCUACGAGGCAGGAUGCUCUGCGGGAUAUAAGUGACAGCCUUAACUUAUUGUUUCUCUUUGAGAAGCUUCCUAAACUCACCCAAUUCCACCCUUCUUUAAUCUCUAUCAGUCGAAGACUGUGUGUGGAAUUUUUGAAUCUUGUUGUGGCAACACAAGCAGUUCGAAAGGCAUUUAUUAGCAUAAAAGGAUUUUAUGUUCAAGCUGAGAUUGAUGGAAUUCCAGUAGUCUGGAUUAUGCCCCAUGCUUCUGUUACUCACACCCCAACUGAUGUCGAUUACCGUAUACUAGCAACUUGUCUGGAAUUUGAUGCUACACUUAUUGGAUCUUUGAUGUGUCAUUUGUACCGGAUCAAUAACCUGGUGUACCCCCCAAAACUCUCUGUGCGUGUUGAACAUGAUCCGAAUGGAUACUAUUGUGGCCAAAAAGAGAGCCUUUUUGAGUUUAUGUCGUCCCUCAGCUUCCCGCUAAAACGCACAGAGCCGCCAAACGAUGUUGACGUUGAUGAUUUGACUGAGCUCCAGGCUAUUGAUGAGCAGGUUUCGCAAGCGAUAAGUAAGCAAAUAGAAGUUCAAAACGUGAAAAAGCUUUUCAAGAACAAACGGUUUUUCCUUAUGCGUGAAGUUCCACGAGAAGUAAUAUGUUUGAUUAUACGGUCUUGUGGCGGGGAGUGUUCCUGGGAUAAGAUUGUUUCUCCAGGAUAUACAUUCCAAGAAGAUGACCCUACUAUUGACUACCAAGUAGUAGAUCGUCCGAUGACAGAUAUGAAAUUGACACGUUACUAUGUCCAACCACAGUGGGUUUUCGACUGUUUAAAUGCAGGGAGACUGUUGCCAACACAAGAUUACUUACCGGGUUGUAGUCUCCCACCUCAUUUAAGUCCGUUUAUUGGAAGUUCUGGUACUGAUGAACUUUUAGACACUGCAGUUAUGUCACUUUCAAACCGUGGUGGACUUGUCGGUGUUGCUCCUGGAUUUGGGGAUGGUGCAUCUAUCUAUCGUCCACCAGAGGCAGAUUACCUUGCUGGUUUGGUGAGUCUGGCUGAAAUCCGUGGAGCUAGAGUCCAAGCCCAGUCUGAAGGCACUAUCGAGAGUCAGUCUGAAGUGGAUAAUGACCUUUUGAAUGAUUCUUCCACUAAAGAAGAAAAUGAUUUAAAAACCAAUGUACAGACAAAGGAGCGAUCCAAGCUUAAGAAAGUUUCAAAAGGUAAGGAACCCAAAGUAACACCUGGUCGAGCUGAAAGCAAAACCGUUAAGAUCUACAAAGAGAAGGAGGAAGCAAACGCUGAACGUAAGUUAAGGGAGUUAAUGUUACCAAAAAAACACAAAAAUGUAUAUAAGAAAAUGGUACAUUCUAUCAAGCGAAAAGAAAAAGAAGCACGCCAGUUAGAAGCAAAACGACGUCGAAUUGACAUGUAAGUGGUAUUAAAGUAUGUAUAUUCUUGAAUCUGAUUACCGUUUGCUUGGGUAAUUUAACCUGCAUGUGACACUUUUCUUGAACUUUCUAGAUAGACUUUUGAUAAUAUAUCACACUACCAGGUAGAAUUCUUCAAAAAGUUUUUGUGUGAAUAAAGCACACUCACUGUUAAUAUACAAUAGUCCUUCAACGGUGAUUACCUUCCUUUGCUAUUCCAAAAUCUUGAUAUAGAACAAAUGGUUUGUUUUUCGCACAAUAGUUCGACUGUUAGUCCGUUUAUGCAUUUUCUUAGACUACAAAUUGCUUAUAAUAUGAGUUGUCAAGUUUUUCUUCGUCAAAAACCGGAUUCUCCCUAGGUUUUUGAUAUCACCUCAGUUGCCAUUCAGUUUAAGUUAUAUUAGUGGAACGAUCAAUUGAAUGCUUAUCAGCACCAGUUUGUAUGUUACUGAGACAGAAGAUUCAAUCAAAGCAAGAAGUAACUAGUAAGAGAAACAUACUUUUUAAAAUUGUACCUAUAGUUCCAUAGAUUACGGUCUGAGAUGAGUUCUACCAUCAACUGAAUGAGUCCAACCAAACUUAUUCAACAUAUAUAGUUGUGACAUCUAAUGACUUAAAUGCUUAUUUUUAAGUGUUCAGAUAUGAAGGGAACUAAUAAACAUUUGUUGAUUUUAAAUUAUGUAGCGCGGACUGCCUUUACUUAUACCUACUUGAUUUCCUCUGCAACUGAAACCUAAGCUCAAAUCUUAAUACAAAAUCGGUCACUGAUGGUCCAGAUAUUUACAAAACUUCUAUUCAUUUAGAUUCACCUCAUUGGUCAUAAUGUAAUAUCUUUCAAACUCGUCUUCGGUUUCAGUUGUCAGCAGAUCAAUUGUCUCAGACAAGGGGAUUAAAUAAACUGGCUUCCACUUACCUUUUCCACUCGACAGAAAAUUUACGUGGGUAUCAUAGCUCACACACAAAUCAAGUGACUUGUUUGGUGCACAUGUAUUCGGUGCCCCUUUUUACCAAUAUUUAUUUGCCCAAAUAAAUAAGUAAAAGUAAGUUUAAUAUUAGUCAUUCCAAUAAACUGAAAGGCACAAAUAGGGAUUAGGUAUAGUUACAAAGCUCAAUGAAAACGCCAGUAGUCUCUUAAGACUUUAAACAACAAUUUGUCCAUAAAUCUAGGAUUAUUGCCGUCUCUCUACAACCUCUUGAUGCUAGUUAGUCUAUUUCAACAGUGUCUAUAAUUUUUAUGUUAAAAAUCCAACACAAUGUACAUGGGUGAUGUCAGUUUGUAAUGUACGUCUGUAAAAACAUACAGGUCGAUGGCAUGUAGUCUUUAUUAACAAUCUCUGUUGUUAUAGGAGACAGAAUCACUGAACAUCUAUAUUUAUCAUUGGGUAAGUUUUCUAAGUUGAACCGGUAUAUAUUUUUGAUGUACUAACUUGAAUUACUAAUUGUAGUAAAAGAUUUCUAAGACGUAAAAUUCAAUUUAUAGACACGAUACGUCAGCUAUUGGAGUUCUUAGCGAUGUCUUCUGUUUGUUGAUUCCAUAACAAUAUAACGUUAGUACAAGUAAUGUUUCCUCAUCACAGUUCAAUUUAUGUUCAUCGUUUAUUUUUCUUUACUUUCAGGGGAACCGGAUGAAAGCUGUAAUUACUUGAUAUGAUUUAUACAACAAAAUAAAACAAUCAGACAUUUGAACCUUUUUUUUUCAUUAAACGUGGUUGAACAGAGUUCGAGUAUUUAUCUGUCAGCUAAUUAGUUACAAGUUCAAACUUGAACCGUAUUGUUCAUGACUAAGUGAAAAAUGUUGACUAAUGAGAUACUACUCAAUCGAUAGAAAAAGUUUUUCUUCCCGAUUAUUUACGGGAUUUCAUUUUAAUAUCCGUUUGACUAUAGUACCAUUACUCCUGUGAUUUGACUCGUGUUCACAACAAUUGGUAAACUUAAAAGUGUAUUUUUUCAAGUUCUUGUAGCUCACAGGUUAAAGGAAACUCAUAGAUAUACUUCCUGUAUCAUGUGUUUACUUGACUUUUUAAUUUAGGACCGGUAAUCGUUGUUAAAAGAUGUUGAAAAAUAAAGAG